AUCCCCUCUCCGGAUGCUGAUCUGAUCCACACUGGCCUCUCGUCCUCACUCCAUAACGGCCAUGUCGUCCUCGCCUCUAACCGCCACGCCUUCCCCUCUCCUUCCCGCCAAAUCCAAGAACCCACCACCCCACCACCACCACCACAACCCGCUCCUCGCCUACCUCCCGCACUGCACGAGCCUCCGCGCGCUCGCGCAGCUCCACGCCGUCGCCGUCAAGGCCGGCGGCGGCCUCCAGGCGCACCCGGCCUUCGUCACGAGGCUCCUCACGCUCUGCACGGAGCAGGGGGCGGAGGCGCCCGCGCACCUCGCGUACGCGCGCCAGGUGUUCGACAGAAUCCCCCACCCGGGCGACGUCGUCUGGUACAACACGCUGCUGCGCGGGUACGCGCGCGGGGGUGGGGGCGGGGGCGGCGCGGAGGAGGCCGCGCGGGUGUUCGUCCGGAUGAUGGAGGAGGGGGUGGCGCCCGACACGUACACGUUCGUGUCGCUGCUCAAGGCGUGCGCGUCCGCGCGGGCCGGCGAGGAAGGGCGGCAGGCGCACGGCGUGGCGGUCAAGGCCGGCGCCGCGGAGCACGAGUACGUCGCGCCCACGCUGAUCAACAUGUACGCCGAGUGCGGGGACGUGCGCGCCGCGCGCGUGAUGUUCGACAGGAUGGACGGGGAGUGCGUCGUCUCGUACAAUGCCAUGAUCACCGCGUCCGUCAGGAGCAGCCUGCCCGGCGAGGCGCUGGUGCUGUUCCGGGAGAUGCAGGCCAAGGGGCUCAAGCCGACGUCCGUGACGUUGAUUAGUGUGCUCUCGGCGUGCGCAUUGCUCGGAGCUCUGGAACUUGGGAGGUGGAUCCACGACUAUAUCAGGAAGAUGAGGCUUGAUUCACUUGUGAAGGUCAACACUGCGCUGAUCGACAUGUAUGCGAAGUGUGGGAGCUUGGAGGAUGCCAUUGGCGUGUUCCAGGAUAUGGAAUCAAGGGAUAAACAAGCUUGGUCUGUGAUGAUGGUGGCAUAUGCUAACCAUGGCUAUGGCAGAGAGGCCAUUUCAAUGUUCGAAGAGAUGAAGAAACAAGGUAUGAAACCUGAUGAUGUUACAUUCCUUGGGGUGCUCUAUGCCUGCAGCCACUCUGGUAUGGUGAGCGAAGGGCUCCAAUACUUUGACAGCAUGAGGGAAUAUGGCAUUGUUUCAGGGAUCAAGCACUAUGGUUGUGUGACUGAUUUGCUGGCUCGAUCAGGUCAGCUAGAAAGGGCUUACAAGUUCAUUGAUGAACUGCCAAUAAAACCAACUGCCAUCUUAUGGAGGACGCUGCUUUCUGCUUGUGCGGGUCAUGGAGAUGUCGAUAUGGGAAAACGUGUCUUUGAGAGGAUUCUGGAGCUGGAUGAUUCUCAUGGUGGUGACUAUGUAAUAUUCUCAAAUUUGUGUGCCAAUACUGGGAGAUGGGAAGAGAUGAACAUGGUAAGGAAGCUUAUGAGUGAAAAGGGGGUGGUGAAGGUGCCAGGGUGUAGCUCAAUUGAGAUAGAUAACAUGGUUCAUGAGUUCUUCGCAGGAGAUGGAAGUCACCCACACUCACAGGAGGCACGCAGAAUGGUUGAUGAAGUUAUUGAGCAGCUAAAACUUGUCGGUUAUGUCCCUAAUACUUCACAUGUGUUUCAUGUUGAAAUGGGUGAGGAGGAGAAAGCAACAAGCCUAAGAUACCAUAGUGAGAAGCUGGCAAUCUCUUUUGGGCUUCUAAAUACAGCACCGGGAACUACCCUUCGUAUUGUUAAGAAUCUUCGUGUGUGUCCAGAUUGCCAUUCGAUGGCAAAGCUUGUUUCUAUGGUCUUUAACAGGCGAAUCAUACUCAGAGACCUAAAUCGUUUCCACCACUUUGAAGAUGGGGUCUGCUCUUGUGGUGACUACUGGUAGAGUUUAGGAACAUAACUGCUGUACCAAAAUACCUUAUCCUUCCAGUAACACAAAGGCUUUAUCCAUUCAGUUAUCUAAAUAUAAUCUCAGUGGAUUGAUGUGUGUGACUAAGACUUGAAUUAAAAGUUAGAGAGACAGAGUGUGCUGGUGAAGCCGUAUUGUUGAGUGGCUUGCAUGAAGGAACCACAGACUGCCUGGAGCCAGCCAAUAUAACAGGUAAGGGAAGUUUCUUCUGAUCUUGUCUUUUGAGUUGAUCAACCAAAGGGAAAGAACACCCUUGUUCGUAGCUGGAAUCCAUGAGAAGCACUUGCUUUUUAUUAAUUCCCCUUUGACUAAUCUUUAUCAAAUGCAUUUACGUCCUUUGUUGUUCAUCAUUUGGUGUGCCUGAGCUAGAAUCUUUCUUAAUGAACUUACUGUGUUUUCUAUUUCCUCUAUCUUCUGUCCUUUUUUUAAAACUUCUUUUUUUGACUAGGACAUAUAUUCUUUCUAAGAUCGAACUUUUUGACUAUGGUACAUGCCUGAAUCGCCAGAUGGCAUCAAGUUAGGUACUAGCUUGCCAUGAAUUUCCCAACAUUCAUAUAUUUGACUUAGUAUUAAUCGAACUUAACAGUCAUCUUUUUUAACCACUUCAGAGUAGAUAGCAAAUCAGUACACAUUUUUUUUCUCCCUUCACAUUUCAUCAUCUCUCCACUUUAGUGGUGGUCCUAUUUUUGAACUGAUUUCUAACAUAGCAUGGUCCCUAAUCUAGCUGCAUCCUAGAUCCAUUUCUGGACUGAUGAAAUCUGACACAGCUCUAAGUAUUUGACAGAUGAGUAAUGUAGGUUGUACGGGAAUUCUAGAACACUAAAAAAAAUAAAAACCUUUUACAAGAGACAAUAUGAAAAACUGAAAUAAUCUUUUACCAUACUUUCAGUUGGGUUCUGCAAUGCAAUCUGUCAAUCCAUUAUUACUUUUUUUUCUUUCUGAAAAAUAAAGAUUUACUGUAUAUACCUUAUGUAUACACUUGCUGAAUUUUUACCCUUUCUCACAGCUCAAAGGCAGAAAACAG